AUGCAGUACUCCAGCAUCUUCACCAUCCUGGCUCUCGCCAUGACCGCCAUCGCCGCCCCGUCCGAGAAGGUUGUCCGCGCCGGAGGCGGCGACACCACCAUUGGCAGCUGCAACUCGUCGAAUUCGAACGUCUGCUGCACCAGCGGGCUCCUCGGCGUUCUCAAUUGCAUUGCUGUUCUUGGCAAGAACUGCGAGGGUAGCGCCUACUGCUGCUCGGACAAGACCAUUCAAAACGGUGUCGUCAACCUUGACGCCAGCUGCGUCGAGGUUCUCUAA